AUGUUUUUUCGCAAACCAAGUAUCGCUUCUAUUGCCACGUACACCACUGUUGAUCGCACGAUCAAGCUGGCCGAUGAGGUGCCCGUGAGCCGCAAAAUCAGACUAAGGUCGAGUUUCGCUACUCAGCAAGAGGCUGAGUAUGAGAACGCGUUUAGCAUUGAUGAAGCUGACUCCCCUGGCUGGUUUUGCUGGUUGUGGAGGCUGAUGGGGUGGAGCAAAACAGAGGAAAAGGUGUGCGACUUAUUUGAUGUUUCGUUUGAUUCCGACCGUUUCGAAUUUAAUUAA